AUGGACUGGGGCAUCACGCUGGUUACCGGCCUCGAAAAGCGCCUGAAUCAAAGCCAGGACCCUCGGAUCGGCUCCGGCCGCGACAACUCUACCGGCGGCACCCUCAGCCACGUCACCUCCUCCGGCACUGACUCCUCCUCCGCUGCCUCCCUCGGCAGCACCUUCGUCCCCGUUCUCGUCUACUCCGGCGUCUGCCUCGUCAUCUUCUUCGUCUUCCGCCGCAAGUGCCAGCGCGUCUACGCGCCGCGCACCAUCUCCAGCAUCCGCCGCGCCCCCCUCGUCCCCGUCCCGCCCCUGCCUGACACCUGGUUCACCUGGCUCAAGGACUUUUGGAACAUCGACGAGGCCUUCCUCCUCAACAAUACCUCCCUCGAUGGCUUCUUCUUCCUCCGCUACCUGCGCGUCCUGGCCACCAUCUGCUUCGCCGGCUGCAUCAUUGCAUGGCCUGUCUUGCUCUCCGUCAAUGCCACCGGCGGCAAGAACCUGAGUCAGCUCGACCUGCUCACCAUUGGCGACGUUGCCUCGCCCAUCAAGUUCUACGCCCACGUUGCCAUUGCCUGGCUCUUUUUCGGCUUCAUCCUCUUCAUGAUCAGCCGCGAAUGCAUCUACUAUAUCAACCUGCGCCAGGCGUACCUCAUGUCGCCGCGCCAUGCCCAGCGUCUGUCGUCCCGCACCGUCCUCUUCACCUGCGUGCCCAAGCGCUUUCUGGACGAGCACCGCGUCCGCAAGCUCUUUGGCGACUCCGUUAAGAAUGUGUGGAUCCCGCGCAACACCCGCGAACUGGAGCGCCUGGUCGACGAGCGGGAAAAGGCUGCUGUGCGCCUGGAAAAGGCCGAGAUCGAGCUGAUUCGCAAGGCCAACCGCGCUCGCAAAAAGAAGCACGGCGUGCCCCUUGACCAGCAACUUCCUCCUCCCGUCUCCAUGGCCGGCCGGUCGCCGGCCCGGUCCGACACCUCGUCCACCCUCGACUCGACAUCCUCAUCUGCCUCUGCGGCCUCUGCGGCCUCCGCUGCCUCCUCCGCCUCGUCCUCUUCGCCAUCCUCACAUUCCUCUCCAUCCUCUGCCGCACACUCCCCUCGUCCCUCUACAUCUGCACCGGCAGCAGCUCCACUGUCACCACCUCCAAGGGCAUCUACUUUACCACAGCAACCGGCCGCAGCGACAACGGCAACAACAGCAGCGACGGUGGCGGCAGCUCCACCACAGCGCUCCUCCUCGUCAGUACGACGGGCAUCUGCUGCUUCGACGGGAUCAGCAUCCCGCGUUCCAACCGAACCGCCACAGCCACCACCCGCCGUUUCAACGUCAUCAACCAUCAACGUUUUGCAAAACACCCUUUCGCCGGGUCUUAUUCAUGAAAUUCGUGAAAUCAACCAAACAAACAAAAUCCAAGAGCCGUCACCGGCGGCACGAAAGGCCGACAGGGCCCAUGUCACCGACGACAUAUUGCCCAUGGCGCCCGACGACCGCCAAGGGUCCUUCUCAGACGCAUCCGGCCCGUCGUCAGCGACGGCUGUUGUCUCCACUGUUCCCCCCAUGUCCGAGAUUACUGAAAUCGAGAGGGCCGUGGAAGGCCCCCCAAACCAGGACAACACCAUUGUUGCCAAACCUGCAACGAAAGAGUUCGCCGACGACAACAAGGAGAACAACGACGACGAGGAAAAUGAGCAGGAUUAUAUCCACCCUUACGGUUUCAACGACACCCUCCCCGAUGUUCGCGGCUCUGUUGCCGCUCAGUGGCUGCCCGUCGACAAACGCCCGGCACAUCGCCCGCUGGCCAACUUUGGCCGCCGCGUCGACACCAUUCGCUGGACCCGCAUGCGCAUCAAGUCACUGAACAAGGCCAUUGCCAAACUGCGCCGCAAGUUCCGUGCCGGUGACGGCGACCUUAUCUCGUCCAUGUUUGUCGAGUUCGACACCCAGGCCGCCGCACAGGUCGCCUUCCAGGUCCUCACCCACCACCAGCCGCUGCACAUGUCGCCGCGGUUCAUCGGCAUCCGGCCCGAAGAUGUCAUCUGGUCGUCUCUCCGCAUGCGCUGGUGGGAGCGCAUCAUGCGCCGCUUCUUGAUCAUGGGCGCCAUUGCGGUCGGCAUCGUCUUCUGGUCCAUCCCAGCCGCCUUGGUCGGCAUAAUCUCCAACGUCUCCUUCUUGAGCUCCAACGUCUUUUUCCUGCACUGGAUUGCCGAUAUUCCCAAAGCCAUUACUGGCGUCAUCGAGGGCCUGCUACCUGCGGUUGCUCUCUCUCUUCUGAUGGCGGCUGUUCCGGGAAUGCUGCGCAUCUGCGCACGCAUCGCCGGCCUUCCGUCGUCGCCCAUGGUCGAGCUGUACACCCAGCACGCCUACUUUUGCUUCCAGCUCAUCCAAGUCUUUCUUAUCACCACCUUGACCUCGGCCGCCUCGGCCGCCUUCACGCAGAUUUUGGCCGAUCCGCUCUCCAUCAAGGAUCUGCUGUCCACCAACCUGCCCAAGGCCUCCAACUUCUACCUCUCCUACAUCACCGUGCAGUGCUUGGCUGGUGGUGCCAUUGGCCUGGUCCAUUUCUUUGACCUGUUCCGCCACACCGUCCUGAACAAGACCAUCCAGCACCCUCGCCGCGCCGUCCGCAACUUCCAGCGUCUCAAGCAGCCGCACUGGGGUGGCAUCUUCCCCGUGUAUACCAAUAUGGGUGUCAUUGCCAUCAGCUACACCUGCAUUGCCCCUCUCAUUCUCGUCUUUGCGGGCAUCGGCAUGUGCGUCGUCUACCAGGUGUACAAGUACAACCUUGUCUACGCCUUCGACGGCGAUCGCGAUAGCAGAGGCCUGCACUACCCGCGCGGCCUCUUGCACCUGAUGAUUGGCUUGUACCUGGCCGAGGUCUGUCUCAUUGGCCUGUUCUCCAUCCAGUCUGCCGUAGGCCCCGUCAUCCUGAUGAUCAUGUUCCUCGUUUUCACCUUCCUUGUCCACACCUCCCUCAACGACGCUGUCAGCCCGCUGCUGUACAGCCUACCGCGCACUCUGGCCCUCGAUGACCAAGACCUGGCGGCCGGCCACGAAGACCUCCGCCGGCAGGCGGAGCGUGAAGCCGCUGAGGCUGCCGCUAGCAGUGCGAACAGCGGCGGUCUGAACGCCGACUACUACAACAUUGAGGAGGGCUACGGUGAGGACAACGACUCGGACGACGACCUGCACGCGGGCCCCGUCACAAAUCGCGGCAUCGACGGUGCCAGUGAACUCAUGGGCAUGGUCAAGGAUUGGGGCCGCGACGCCAUCAAGAAGCGCAUGAAGACCGAGGUCAAGGCCAUGAAGACGGACAUUACCUCGUUUAGUGUGUCGCGGUACAUCCCUUGGGGGAAAACGACCAUAGUCCGCAACGACAUCAACAACAACCGCGCUGAUCCCAACGCAGCGAGCAACAGCGACGCCGGGCCCCAGGGGGAGCUGGGCGCCGACGGUCAACCCCUGUCCGAAAAGCCCAAGCCCAACUUCUUCACGCGCUGGUUGCACCCGGAGCUGUUCGAGGACUAUACCUUUUUGCGGAAGACGUUGGUCCGGGAUGAACAGGAAGAGCCCAUGGCCUACCCAGCCGACUACACAUUUCGCGGCUACUGGCCGCCUGAGAUGUGGAAGCCGAUUCCCAAGCUGUGGAUUCCCCGUGACGACGCCUGCGUCAGUCGCCAGGAGGUUGCGCACACGCGCAAGGUCGUGCCUAUUACGGACCGCGGUGCCUGGUUGACGGCCAAGGGCAAUGUCGUCGCCGACCUCGACAAGGCGCCCUUUUUGGAGCCCAUCUAUUUGUAUUAA